CGCACGCUCCGCCCGCGCGCGCCAUUCAAAUAUGGAAUGCGAUCGUAUUCGGUGACUUGUAAACAUCAAACGUUCGAAAUUCAAAAUUUGAUUGCGAACUCAAAACUUUUUCGUGCUUCAUCAAAGAGGAUUUUGUACUUUUUGUGUUAAAAAAAGUAAAAUGUUCAUAAGUGAAAUUGUUUUAGAGUAUUUUGGACGCUGUUGGCGGUGUGGUAUUAAUUUGUUUAUGAUGUGACUGCAAUUAGAUUAUUAACAGCAGUGUACGUGAAACCGGACGGUAUAUUAUGUAAUAAUGCCGAAGUCGUUUGAAAGCGUGAAAAUGAAGCUUUUAUCGUUGAUUACUUUGUGCGCGAUAUGCUCGGCGCACGAGAUCACCAAGCUGCAGGUGCCUCUGUUCGCCGACCCUCGCCGGCCAGCUGUGCUCAGCUGCCACUUCCAGAUGGAUGGCCAGAAGUUACAUUCUGUGAAGUGGUACAGAGACAUGAACGAGAUAUUUAGAUACAACCCCUCCCAAAAGCCUCCCAUACGCCUGUACAACGUAACAGGCAUCAUGGUGCAAGGCGGGGAGUGCCAAGAGGACUCCUGCAUGAUGAAGGUCAUGCCUGUACCUCUUGGCAUCACAGCGACGUACACGUGUGAAGUGUCUACAGAAGGUCCCAAGUUCCAGAUCGCUAGGAAGACGAAGCAAAUGACUGUUCUUGCCAUGCCAGACCUGGACCCGGUAAUCACGGGCGCCCCGAAGGAGCUGAAGCCGGGAGAGCAGAUUUUCUUGAAUUGCACUUCGGAUUACUCGCUGCCGGCGGCUGAAAUCAAUUGGUACAUCGAUGAUGUGUUACAAAAGCCAGAACCAUGGCAGAAGACCGAGCUGAGUCCCUCCCUAGCGGGGGGGCUGAGGCGAUCAUGGCGCGUGCUCAGAGUGCGCGUGCCCACCACUGCUAGCGGUGCUUUACGCGUCAAGUGCGAAGCGAAAAUGGUCGUCGCGCCUCCGGUGAUACGAGACGUGGUCGCGAUCAUCACCGUGCACUCGCAGACGCAAAUGUCGAAAUACGUUACGAGUAAUAAAGUAUUUCAGCAUAGCUACUUAUCUGUAAAUGAACCUGACGACCUCAGUGAUUUAGACAUAAAGAAAAUCGUAAUCAAAAUUAGUUUGUCAGCUGACUCUUUGAUUAAGGGCCUCGAAGCGUUGAACUCUACAAAAGACUUUCAGCCUAGCAACGUAUCCGAAUCUUAUAAAUCUGAA